AUGGUGACGAGUUCCAAGAGGUUUAGACCGCGAAGGAAGCCGGUUAUUGCUCCGGAGGUGUUGAGGGCGUUGAAGAUGGAAGGGGAGGAGGAGGAUGAAAUGGGUAUGAGCGUGGAUGUGGAUACGAGUGUGGAUUUGGAUGUGAAGUUGGACGGUGGGAGCGUGGGUGGACAGGGGGGUAUGGACGUCGACCUGGAGGGGCCUACGAAUUCAAAUCGCGUCGUCGAGCAUGUCAAGAAAGAAAACCUAGUGUCAAGUUUUGGGCGAGUUAAAGUUGAGCCUGCUGAGGGGGUGACGAUCCAGCAGGAGACUCGCCAAUCGCUACAUCCGAUAUGUUAUGUUCUGUUGCCGACGCUGGAGCAAGUUUUGCGGAGGUAUCGGAGAGAGAGGGUGGUGAAGAAGGAGGAAGAUGUGGAAGAGGCUAUGGUUGUGGAGGAGGAUAAGGUUGUAGGGAAGAAGGAAGAGGAAGAAGAGCGGAAAGUUAACGUUGCGAAUGGCUUGAGCGGGCCAUUGAUCAAGACGGACUCUGAGCCUUUGCAUGAGUCUGAAGACACUGUACAUAUAGUGAAGCAUGAGGCUGGGACGACGGACCUCCCAACACCCCCUGCUUCCGAGUCAGUUUCCUCGCAGCGGGGAUCCCUCUCUCCUGAAAUUGAAAUCGUGGAGUGGAAACCUCGUAUAAAGACAGAGCCCAACAGGGCAGGCCUGGGAGACUCCACGAGCUCCUCAACCCGAAAUACCAAUAAGCGAGCUAGACGUUCGGAAGAGAGGGAUUUUGGCGAUGUUGUGCGGAGAAAGAAAGUCAAGCGAGAGCCUUCUGCCUGUGACUUGGAUGACUCGGACACCGUACAAGCAUCACCGCCAGCAAAGACCUCGCCCAGGCGUAAAUUGAAGAAGACGCAAUCCGUCCAGCGCCAGUCUGGGGUAACCGAAACAAUUGCCGAGCGAGAACUGUCUCCCGAGAUUGGCCUCCCUUUCCAGUCUCCGGCUUCUCGGGCUCUUGAUGUGCAAGUCACGACGACAGCGUUCGUCGACUUGUCGGAAGAAGGCGAGGUUAAGACCCAAGAACGGACAAUUAGUCACCCCAUUGCUGGUCCAUCGGGCGGCACUCGGGCUUCUCCAGCACGCAAAGCGAGGGCGAGCAAGGAGGAACCCGUUGUUGCACCUGUUGUGAAACGGGAAGCGUCGCCCGAGAUUGAUCUCGCUUUCGGCGAGGAGCAACUGCCUCAAGCUAUUGCUGGGACUAACGAUGCUGGGGCUGCAGGUGAUCACCCGAGAGUGCAAGAAGAGACUCCUCCCGAUGACAGCAGGGUGCUGAAGCAAGCAGCGACGAGCGCCGCUCCACUCACGCAACAGCAGCGUGAAGAGAUCGAGAAGACGUGGAAGACCAAGGCGAGUAGAUUGAGAUCUACUCUGUCACUUCAAGGAAAGAAAGUAAAGAACGAAAAUGCCCAACUACACAAAUCCAUUAUCUGGUCGCGCCUCCAGCAAAAUGGCGUCUCACCCGAACUCUUCGAAAUCGAGUUUGACCAGGACAUGCUGCACCUCGCCGUGCCUAGGCUAUUCAUCAGCAAUACCUACGGCGGGAGCAUGCAGUGUACGUUCCCGAGGAUUAGCGGGGACAAACUUAGAGAACACGGUCUGGACGACUGGUUUUUCUUGCCGUUGGAUUACCAACCUGAGGCACCUGAGAUACCUGGUGCCCCGGGGCUGUGCCAAACUGACUUUGUCCAGAAGUAUAACGAAUGGAAGAAACGCCCGUCAAAGACGAAAAAGUCAGCGUCGAACGGGAAGGCUGGGUCCUCGAAGAAGACGUCCUCUGGAAAGUCUUCGACCAAGGCCAAGUCGCCCAAGAAGCAGUCGGCUUCGCCCGUCAAGCGCGAGUCGGAGGAGCAAGGACCCUGA